CCGGGUCAUGCCACAGUGGUUGGGGAGUGAGCUGGCCGACGAACUGGAGCACCUCUCAGUCGACCCAAGUCGUCCCGUUCGCGCACACGCCGCUCGCCUCGUCGUCCCAGCCCACCACGUGCCCGCGCGACCUGCCACGGCACGCGCUCGCAGCUACACGCCCUCUCAGCAGAAGGGUUAUUUGUCGGAAUAAAUAAAAUACUUGCUGUGUCUGCCUUUAAGCGGAUUGACUAAUUGUUGUGGGAAACAACUUGCUGUAGUGUAAUUGGAACAAGUGAGAGGCCACACGUUAUUCAGAUUUGAGAGUCACUCCUAUCCUCUAAAAACCGCCUCUACCACUUGCAAAUGUGAAGCCUCUCGGAGCAAUACCAAAAGCCAUCACGCAAGACCAUAUAAAAAGCUGAUAUUGUUUAUUACGAGUGAACCUUCCAAAUAUACAAAUACAUUUAUACAAUUUAUAGAUAAAACUAUAAAAAAUAAAAUCAAAAUGUCCAAGGGAGUGAAAUUACAAAGAUGAUUCCGCGCGUGGAAGUGUGACUCCAGACAGCCAGAGAAAAUCCGCCCUUCAUCAACGUCCAUCAACCGACCAUGACGCCCACGGCCGCCCACGCUACCCAGGGAGCACCUGCCCUCCGCCUCGUGAUCUUAGUGGUGUGCGCGGCAACGAUCAAUGGUCAGCAGGCGAUACCCGGGGUCUUUCAACUCGGUGAUACAGAGUCAACUUUUCUGGACGCGGCGCAGAUGUUCGGAUUCGCUAACUUCGAGAGUUUAAAGAUCACCAGCGGCGAGGCGAGGACCGACUCCACUCGGGCGCCGGCCCUCGAGGGCGAUUUCGCGGCGGCGGAGAGCGGGCGGCCGACCCAAGACCCAAUCGAUGACAUCAUCGCGGGAAAAGUGGCCGGCCACAACGACAGUGUGAAUGUAGUCCCGGAGACGGGGUCCGACCCCUCACACGCUCCGAUCUCGUCCGAGGCUGAUAAAAAGAGCAGGUCAGACUUAAAGAGCGCGCCCCCUGGCGCGGGCGGCCGGAGAGUUGACAAACGGGUUCUGGCGCGGAUUAUGAGGGAACAAUUCAACGAGUUUAAGCAGCGGCUCACGAGGAAGGCGAAGUCCCUCUCUCUCGCGGGACAGCAGGCUGAUGGCUUCAAAAGCGAGGCAGUUAUGGACGUGACGGCUACGGACAGACCCUCAGCUGACGCACCGGCAGAACCGCCGUCCCGUGUCCUGGUGGGCGAAGUGGUGCCCAAGGCGGCGCGGCGGGCCGGCGAGGAGCCCAGUGGCGUCAGGUCCGGCCUGCUGCGUCAGGACGCUCACCCCAUCCCCGUCACCUUCACCUCCCUGCCCGGGUUCCCAUCUGUCCCUCGCGCGCCCGGCACCGGGGCGGCGUCCGUGGCCACGGGAGCUACGGACCAAGCAUCUGCUGGCCCCUCUGCCUCGCCUGCGGGAGGAAGAGGCCACGCCCCGUCCGUCAUGAUCGACUCCCUCUUCGGCGGGGGCGAGCGGGGGUCGGGCAUCCGCGGCGCAGGCUUCAGCCGCGUCCCCGGCGUCCCCGGGCCCAGGAGGCUCCCGGGCGUCAGAGGCACAACCACCACCAGGACUUCCUCCAGCCCUCCCGACCUCAUGUCCAUCCUCCAGACGCGCCUCAUAGGAGGCGUUCGCAGCGUCCCUAGCGGGGCGUCAGGCGGCGCCGCAGCUGCGGUGACAGGCGGCGGGGGCGUACUGAUGGCGGGCGACUCCAUGCUGCUGCAGUUCGACCCGUCCAUCGUGGUUAACUUCCUCACGCUCGUCGCCCUCACGCAGCAACAGCAACGACGUGGCGAGGGGUCGCCGCAGGGGCAGAGGAACGCCUCGCCGGCUGGAGGGCCGACCAUCGCCGUUGCCUCGUCGGCUUCGGAUGGGGAAUUCGGGCCCUUCAGUGACGGCGCCGACCCAUCUGCAGGAGUGGAUCCUUCAACGAUCUUGCUGCCCCCCAUGCUGCGUCAGACGCUCUACUCGUACCUGCUGCCUCGCUUGGCAUCGCUCAGUGCCCUGGUGGAGACAGUGCCAGGAGUGCCUGGCCUCGACUACCCGAUUAUAGGCACCGUUCCCUAUACCAACUUCUACUGCUCGAACAUGCCCUGGCCAGGAUUCUACGCCGACACGGAGGCUAGAUGUCAGGCGCUCCCCGGGGGGGACGAGACGGCGCCGCACCGCACCCUCACCGCCGAGAUGCUGGAGACCAUCUUCCUGUGACCUCCCCCUUGACCUCGCCCGCUCGCGCCGCUCCUCAUGGGCCCCAGGUGCUCCUCUUCUUGCAAGUUUCUUUGGAGGAGACUGAUUCUCCUUUGACCCUUUUGCGAUGCUGUUCAUCCCGCGCCUUUCUUUGUUAGGAUAGUGCUAUGCAUCGGGCGAUGUAAAAAUGGGUGUUGAUGGUGGCCGCUGAUGUGUGAUAAUCAGUGGUGAAGAUGAAUGAUGACAACGGUGGUUAAUUACAAGAUAUAAUUCCUAUGAUCGAAAUUGGAUAGGAAUUUAACAGCAUGUAAGCUGCUAUGCUGAUUGAGGUUAGUUUUUCGAUAAUGAUUACUGGUACCGACGGCAAAGAGGCAAAUCAUUACCUAGUUUGUUACAAAAAACAAAACUUUCAUUCUACUGUUUCGUUUCUAUCCCCAACAUCCCUCGAAAAAUGGCUCUGACAGAGGUAAACGU